AUGGUUUUCAUCUUUUUGCUGCUAGUGCUGGAAGCAGCAGUUACUGCAGAUGUAUUCCUAAACAGAAACUGGGAAGAGGACUUCCCGGAUGACCCAACUGGAAAUUUGGACGAGUUAAAGGACUUUAUUAAGGAUAACUUUGACACAUGCAGAUGGAUUGGCUUGACAGUUGUGGGUAUACAGGGAUUAAGUAUGUUAUUGGCAAUGAUUCUCAAAGCUCUUGGGCCUCAUUCCGAGACAUACUAUGAAAGUGAUGAUGAUUAUAUACCAGAUAGAGUACCCCUGUUAAAGAAUUAUGUCCGACCGCAUCCUUAUGUCGUUAGUGAUCCACUCUAUCAGCCAAAAAAUGAUUCUUGGAAUAUAAAGAUCAAUAGUAAGGCAGGCAGAUAA